AAACCAUGUCAAUUAGAUUCGGGCGAACCCGAAAUCAAUGUACAAGUUGUAGCCUGCAACUGAUUUCUGUCCCAGUGAGAGAGAUGAAAAUAGCUUGGAAGAACAACAAGAAGCGGCCUUUGGGCAUCAUAUCAAAGUACCCAAAUCUCCCUUUUGAGCAGCAAAACGACCAACACAACAAUCAAGAAGUCCCAUCAAACGAUCCCAAUAAGAAUCAAAACCAUACAGAGCUCAACCAGGAAGAACACCAUGAGCCACUCGACGCUCAGAGCGAGCCAUCAGAUUCUUCAGACGCUGCAAAACUCUUCCACUCCUUUCAAGCCGAGGGAACUAAGCUGGCCGAGGGUGGAAAGUACCGUGAAGCAUUGGGAAAAUGGGAGGCCGCUCUUAUGUUGAUGCCCGAAAAUGCUGUUUUACAUGAACAGAAGGCACAAGUUUUGCUUGAAAUUGGAGAUGCAUGGAAUGCAGUAAAGGCAGCAACUCGAGCCACUGAGUUGAAGCCUUCAUGGGAUGAGGCGUGGGUUACCCUUGGCAGAGCACAGUUAAACUUUGGGGAGCCUGAUAGUGCUAUUGAAAGCUUCGACAGUGCAUUAGCCAUCAAGCCUGAUUCUGAGGAGGCUCGAGAUGACAGACAUACAGCGAUGCAACUGGUUAAAAGGCGAAAACAACUCCAUUCAUCAGGCUUAAGCCCGACAAGAAACCGUUACGCAGUUGGUGAGAAGACAUGAAAACUCUUGUUGAAUUGUGUAUAUAGUAGAGGAAAAGUGGACUUCAGCUUAGUUUUGGUUCAUGCGUGAAAGUCCCUGGCAGGACAA